AUGCAUUUUGAAUGUUUCCUGGAAAAGGCCAAGAGAGCGAGCGAGGCGUCGGGGCACCUCCCGUCUCCCGAUGGCCCCUCCGAUGCCUCUGCUGCUGCUGCCGCCGCUGCUGUUGGGCUUGCUGUCGGCGUGCCUUCCCUGCUGGUGGGCUGCCCCUUCUUCCCCCGCGCCUCCCGGGGCUGCUGCUGCUGCUGCUGCGGGGCCCCCGUCGGGGCGGCUCUUCUUCUCGGAGAGCCGGGUCUCCCGCUGGGCCUGGGGGGCGCUGCGGCAGGCGGCCUCGGGGGCGCGGUGCCCGGAGCGCGGGGGGCUGCUUCCCCGGGAGCAGUGCCGGCGCCUGGCCAGCCUCGCCCCGCAGGGCCCCGGCCCCGCCGCCGCCGCCGCCGUCUACGUCUCGGAGCCCGCCCGCCUCCCGGGGCACAAGGUCCGGGCCCUGCUGCCCGACGGAUGGGGAGACGGAGCGGGAGCCGGAGAGCCCUUCUCCUUGGCCCACAGCAGGAACCAGAGCAGCAGCGGCGGCGGCGGCGGCGGGGCAACGGGGCCCGGCCCUCCCGCCUCCUCCUCCUCCUGGUCGGGGGCUCCGUCGGGGCGGGACGCCAUCCUGGUGCUGGACCCCAGCCCCGGCGCCAGCUUCGGGCACCCGCUGCUCCUCUUCUACGUCGACUUCAACGUCAGCCCCCGAAGGUGCCGCAGCCGACACCGGCUCUACCUGGCUAUGAGUGCUUGACCCCUGCUCAGAGGAACCAUUGUGAGAACCAGCUGAAGCGCAGGCCAGGACAUGGCAAGGGACGAAGCCAGCGGUCAUCAGAGCGUGUUCGCAGGGAGGAGGCCCCAGUUGGGCUCUGUGAAAUCCACUUUCUACCCACAGUGGUGGCAGCCCAUGACCCCAAACACCUGCAGAAGUUACACUGCAUGGAUCUCCGUGGAUUCAGUCCAUGUCCUCAGCCUCUGCCCCUGGUUAGCUCCAGUUCCACAGCUGCCUACUGUGAGCUCAACAAGAAUACCCGGCGGUGCCAUCGUCAGCAGCUCCCUAUGUAUAAAUCAUGCCGCAUGUAUCAGACAUGUGACCAUGCAGUGCUGAUUGCAGGUGGCUGGCAGGAGCAAGUGACCUACCCUCACCAUGCCCAGAACCUGCUGCUCUUCUACCAGAUGCUUCGACGGAAUGGUUUCCGUCAAGAGCACAUCAAGGCCUUCUUUGCCAGUGAAGGGCAGGCCUCAGUGGCUGUGGAGAUGGGUGAUGUGCAUCCUGCCACGGAGAAGCUGGCCAUCCGUUCCCACCUAGCUUUGCUCUGCCGGAGCCUCCAUUGUGCAGACUCCCUCGUCCUCUACUUCAACAGCCCAGCAGCUAGUGAUGGCACCAUGCUCCUGUGGGAUGCCAACCAUAAUGGCAUUGCUGAUCCAAAGGAGCGGUACCCCAUCACAGAGCUUUUAGCUGACCUGGAAAACUGCAAUGCCCGCAGGGUCCUCCUCUUCCUUGACCAGAGCUAUCCGGGGCCACUGGCAAAGAAACUACGGGCAUCACGACGCCAUCCCAAUGUGGUGCUGGUUCGUAGCACCGGAGCCACCACUGGCGGGUCAGCCUUUGCUGAAUUCUGGGCAGGGCUGAAGCCAGAUCAGUGUCUGCUCCAGCAUAUCUUGCCGGUGGGCCCUUGGUCUGCAGUCUUGGCCUCUGGUGUUCCAACCCAGCUGUUCAAUGUCACUUUAGCAGGAGCACCCUGCCAUUCUGUGCCCCCUCUCAGUGAGGAGGAGCGCCAGCGUCACUACCAAGGCUGUCAAAACCUUCCCACCAUGCUGUGGUAUCAGAGUAGGCACCAGCAGCUGCCACAGGAAGAUGAAUGA